AUGAAGCUCCUUACUAUCCUGACCUUGGCCGCCUCGGCCUCGGCCCUCGCUGUCCAGCCUAGACACCAUCAGGGCAAGACCAAGGGCAAUGGCAGGAAUCGAAAUGGUGGUAACCGGAACGGAAAUGCUGCUGCAAUCAGCUCAACUGCAGUUGCUGCUGCCCCUGCGACCACCAGCGCUGCGGCAGAUGCUACCACUGGAGGUACCACGACCGCGGCAUCUGGCCAAACCAUAGUUCUCUUCGAGGUCAAUGGCGUCCCUGGCAAUGAGUGCUUGACGUUCCGCAACAAUGGUAAAUACCGUCUUAUGAAGGACCUAUCAAGGAACGUAGGUUUGGGCAAGUCAACUAAUAUCCAUCCUCUUCUAGGCGAGAUCGUCGAUGCUGCCUGCGUCAACACAGCUGCGGAUAGACAGAUCACACCAACAACAAUCGGUGGCGAGGAUGUACUGAAGGUGCAGCGGACAUUCACGGCCGGCUUCCGACCUGAUCUGGUCGACGUGGAUGCAUGUGUGGGCUUCAACGGCACGCACUUCAAGGCUGUGGACUGCGCGGACACAUCCAACGAGCCUGUCACCUUCACCGGCGGCGAGCUGCGGUCGACGAGCGGCGCGUGUGCCAGUGGCCACGACGGUGCCGCGCAGCUGCAGGUCGAUCCCACUGGCGCGACCUGUGCAACGUUCACAAGCACAGAUGUCCAGCCUGCAACAGCUUAA